UCAGUACAUUAUUAUUAUUAUUAUUAUUAUUAUUAUUAUUAUAUGCUGAUUAUUUGUGUAAACAUAUAUAAAAGACACGUCUACUUGUAUUUAAAUAUUAACACAUCACUGUAUUUAUGUACUUUUUCUUCUUUCGCUUUUCUCAUCAGCACCGUCUCACGUUUCACACGAGUGCUAAAAAAAAAGCUCGACUUUUAUUGGUUGCCCUGGCUACACCCCUUCAUCGACACCCCCCCCCCACACACACACACACACACACCUACACACACACACACACACACACACACACACACACACACAUGCCGCUCCUCCCCCUUCGUAUCCACAAACCACAAACAACCAAUCAGGGUCUGAAGGGGUUAGAAUUGUCAUCAACACCCCAGAACUACACACACACACACACACACACACACACACACACACACACACACACACACAAUGCUGUACAUACAAUAAAACAAGCAACGAUUUUUUUGUUUUGUUGUCGAAAAAAAAAGCCGUUUAAUAACAAAGUGCCUCUUUGUAUAGCUGCAAGCUUGAAACUCUACGUCACCGUCACCCACAACACCAUGUGUUAUAAUAUUAAUCAUAAGAAUCAUAAAACUGUACAGUAUUCUUUCACUAGCAAACUUAAUCACUGCCUGAAACAAAUCCCAAGUGAAGUUUAAAGUAUUGAUUACCAGCAAUAAUGAAAUACAGAUCAAAUAAAAAAACUAGGAAACAUUUUUAAGAGAAUAAUAAACCCUGUGCUUUGCCUUGUGUAACGUCAGCACCGUGAGUAAGGGUGUGUGUCCUGAGCCCUGAAAUCACCAAAAUAACACCGUUUUUAUUCAAUAUUUUCGUCCAAAGUGCCCUGGUUUACCACACACACACACACACACACACAUACACAGAUAAAAAAAAAAAAAAAAGUUAUUUGCAGAGCCUUUUUUUGUGUAAUGUGAUUUCUUCCGCUUUACAACGUCAGCACUUAGACUUUAACCUUUAGUUCGGCUCUGUAGAGGAAGUGUGUUGUGUCCUGAGUGUGUGUGUGUGUGUGUGUGUUUGUGUGUGUGUGUGAUAUCGUGAGUAGAAAAGUGCCGAUAAUCAUUGCGAUGUUUUAUGCUGUGGAAUAUUAGUGUAGUGAACGUUUUGCUGUGUUGCGGUUCGACGUUUUAUCCGUACGAUUAAACUAAAGCUCACACUUUCACAGUAACGUUCGAGGAAACGAAUCCGCGCUGAAUCCCAGAAUCUGUUCACUGUAAAAUCUGCUACUCCGUCAGUAUUGAUCAUGUCAGAAAGACGCCGCGCGUUCUGGAACAAACACACAGCGUGCAGCGCCGAAAAAAUACGCACAUACGCUUCUUUCCCCUCCCCCCGAGUUUUAGUCUUGGCCGAUUCCCGCCCACCAGCCAGCUCUCAAUAGCUUCCGACCGGAGAAGCGAAGGCUAACACGUGCUUCCUGGGAGAUGUGUGACGUCAGCCAUCUUUAACACCUGCUGCAUCACAGAGCAGAGUGACCGAGGAACUCAGAAGAAAGUGCAGUCUGCCCUCUUCCAUAUACACGAGCUCACACGAUUGGCUAUCACUGUGAUCGACAGCAGAGAGAGACAGAGCGAGAGACAGAGAGAGAGAGAGAGAGAGAGAGAGAGAGAGAGAAGGAGUCAGAAAAAAACACACUAAAGUAAUGGAAUUAUUCAGUCGUACACGUGAACCUGUGACAUAUUAACACGCCCACAUUCACGUCUUCGUGUCCGACAGCCAUCAGAGAUUUCCUUCUUUAAUUAAACCGUGGCUGUAUCGAGGCUUUCGUCUCAUCACGUCACGUCACGUCACGUCACGUCACCUCACGUCACCUCCUACUUUGAGGUUUUUACUCACAGCUGCUUUAAAUCACGGCUGCUUUAUUCAUCCACUUUCAUUUCAGCAUCUGUACAUUUACAGCAGUAACGAUACCAAUCCAAAGAGGAAACACACACACACACACACACACACACCUUGUUUAUAACAACAGAUCUUUAUUCUACACACGAGACAGUAUACAGAGACUUAGAGAAGAACAAAUAUUUAUGAAAUACAGAAGCAGAUUAUUCUUCAUUUAUCAGAGCGGAUAAUAGUGCAGUAGGAGCUUGCGUAUGAAAUUAACACACACACACACACACACACAAACCUAAUCCACUCGCUGAUACACACACCAGUGCAUGCUGAUGCGAGCGUUUUUUCUGGUUAAUAAGAGGAUGUGGAUUGUUCAGGAACAGUCAUGUGGAAGCGGAGGGGAAACACGCCGACGCUGCAGAUAGAAGAGAAACAACCAAUAAAAUCGUCUCUUCUGAUUAAAGCACUAAACUGUAACCAGGAAGAAAUUCUUUAGAUUUAUUUAAGAUAUUUUAUCCGAAUCCAGAAUCGCGACUCUUCCCAGUUCUCCUGGAAUAUUAUUAAUCCCACAGCAGUUUAAGGAAAUAGAAUGAGGCAGAAGUCAGAUUUCCUAUUUUAGGCCCAACAUAAAGAUUUUAUUCAAUCUUUUUUUUUUAAUAAUAAUAAUUUAAUAAGAAAAGUUCCACACCAGAGCGUGUGGAUGUUCAGAUGUAUUGAGGUGAUGAACCUCUGAAGCUCAUGGUCCAGUUCACGCUAAAUAUUCUGAAUGAUCUGUAGAACGUCAGACUUUGGGAGCUGCAGUAUUAUCAUCCCCAUCAUUAUCCCGGACGUCAGUAUUGUAGCCGCGUCGUCGUGUCGCUUUUGCCACAAAAACUCGUCCUUGAGAAAAUAAAAGCAGCGUCAAUGUGAGGAAGAAAAACAUACGUGUCGGAAAUCUCAGCCGUCGCUCACAUUCCCCUGAUUAAUCACAGACAUUCCUCACUUCUCUCAGCUAUUCAGCCCCAAAAAUAUCAACCUUCUGCUUCUUUGUCUUUCGGAACACUUUUAAUUAUCAGCAGAAAUGAAAAAAGAAUCAAAUCAAUGAAACAUUGGAGAAAGCAUUCCUCUCGUUCUCCACAUUUCUGCCGCAUGCCGACCAACACUCGUUUAUCACCUUCACUCGCUCCACAGAGUAACUUCACUUCCACAAUAAUCCCUGAUCAUAUCAGAAAGACACACACACACAAAUCGUCUGGAGACCGAAUUCGCUCACAGAUAUUUACAGAAAAAGAGCUUUUUAUUUCUCUGACUGAUUUAAUGGAAUAUAAAAAAAAACCUAAGAGAGAGACGGGAUUUAAUCAGCAGCCGUGCGAUAGAGAAGUGUGACGAUAAACACACACACAAAACACACUCUCUCUCUCUUACACACUCUUACACACACGGUUGUGAGUGUGAGCUGGUCGUGGUGUGUUACAGUAUUUAUUAUAUGGAGUACGGUGUGCUCGCGCUCAGGAUGGACGUUAACUCUAAUACAGACAGAAGCGUGCGGCGUCCGGUGUGUGUUCCAUAAAAACACUGAUGUGAAGCGUGAGGAAACGUUCUGCUGCGUGAGAGACGGCGUCCGAGUGUUAAAACGCCCGCAGACGCUCUCGAGCCUCUCAGCGGUCCGAACAGAUCCACCUGCACUGUGCGACUUUCACUACGUGCUUUGGGUCACGUGCGCUGUAUCUAUGCUGGGCUGCUAAUGCUAACGCUAAUGCUAAUCUCAGCUGCCUGAAGCUUCCACGCUGAUCGAGCUCCGUCUUUAUUCCUAAUAAUUUUCCCUUUAAUUUAAUUUCAGUAAAAAAGAAAACACAUGAACAGUGUAAGAGGCGUAAUUAUUAUUAUUAUUAUUAUUAUUAUUAUUGUUGUUGUUGUUGUUGUUUUCGUUCCUGUAAACACCAAAGAGCAUCAGCGUGUCUGUGCAUCAGACGUCUUCACGUGAUUUGUUACGAUUUGUUUUGAUUUUUAGCCGAAGUUUAAACACAACAUCAGAAUCUGCUCAAACUUACAGAGACCAAAAAAACUGAUUAUUUAUUCAUUUUUAAAAAAAUAAAAAUAAAAAAUCAGAUCAUUAAAAAAAUCUGACUUGACACCUGUGCAGUGAUUUAGGAGAAAAACAGAAAAGAAAAACAUAUUACAAAGUCGUUAACGUGCGUUCGGUCGGUUGGUCGAUCGAUCGGUCGGGUUUCAGCCGAUCGGCUUUCUUUCAAAUAAAUGGAUGAAUAAACGAGGAUUAAAAUGCACUGGAUCAGUGGAACGAAUCAGUCCCGCUUUAAUUUCCUUCUGAAUAUUUUUGUAAAAUUAUUCAUCUGUUUUUCUUUUGUUGAUCAAUUAAAAAGGACCAAGCUGUGUAUUUGUUUGCACAUUAUUAUAAUAUUAUUAUUAUUAUUAUUAUUAUUAUUUGUAUUAUUAUUGAUGUUUUCUCACAGACGCUCUCGCACGAAUCUUCUCACAAAAACACGUCACACGUUUGAAACUCUAGUGCCUGUUUCUACGCAUGUUUUCGUAUUUUACAGCAUCUUGCAUGGGUUCGCUCAGUCUCACACACACACACACACACACACACACACAGACAACAACAAAAGCAACCGCGAGCGAUAUUCGUGCGUGUCGUCAUGACGACCUAAAGGACCAAACGUUCCCUGUUUAUGUUUUUGUUUGUUUGUUUGUUUGUUUCCUGUGAGGUAAAUAUCCAUGACUUUUAUUCUGUAGUGUAAAUACGUUGGGUGGAAAACGUUGAUAUCAGAGUAGAAUGUAAAGCCCGUGGUCAUUAGAUAAAGGCAAUAUUAUGGUGAAGCAUGAGUUCAUUUAGAGUACAUGGGUUAGCUAAUAUCUGUCCACAUAUAUAUAUAUUUAUACACACACACACACAUACACACACACACACAUAUCUAUAUCUAUAUAUCUAUAUAUCUCUAUCUCCACAUGUACACAUAUAUAUUUAUAGCCAUCUGUCCCUGUUAGCAUCCGACUUCCCGUUUUAAGGUCAUGUAGAAGACAGUGCUGUUAAUCUGGAGUCUGUUUAUUCUGCCCUGCUUUUCCUUAGCUGACUAACACACACACACACACACACACACACACACACACACACUCACAUGUACACGAGCUCUUACACCUCACUCACUUUCACUCUUUCUUCCUUCCUUUUUCUUUUCUUCCAUUCUGGCCUCAUGCUAAAGGUUUCUUCUGUACGCAGCGACGCUGUCGUAGUGACGCUAGAAAAAGAUUUGACUUGUUCAAAGGAAUAAAGAAACACAGAAAUAAUAAAAGAAGUAACUAAGCAACCCUAAAUUAUAUGCUGCAGUUCAAUUUUUAAAAAAAUAAACGUAAAACUUUUUUUUAAUUAUUUUUUAAAAAAUCUUUCUCGUGUGUUUGCUUCGUGACGACUGCUGUUCCAGCGGUGAGCUCGGCUUCCUGCCCUGUUUCUCCUGUUGGUUUUGUUUUCGGUUGUUGGAAUGUGUGUGUGUGUGUGUGCGGGUGUGUGUGUGCGGGUGUGUGUGUGUACACAGCCGUUAUUUUCUACUUUUGACUUGUCGAACACUGGACUAAAGUGAGACACAAACAAGCAGCACAGGACACGGCGUCACUGUCCGUCACGUCACCAAACAAAAAUAAAUAAAUAAAUAAAUAAAUAAAAUGGUAUUGAAUUUGUAAAAAAAAAAAAAAAAGGUUCGAUUAGCGACCGAAGGUACGUGCUGAUACCAACCACCAGGACAUGGGCAUCAUCCACACCUUCAGACCUUCCUGAGCGUGCCUUCUGCCUUCUGUGUUUCCUCUCGACUCCCAGGAUCACAGUUUUCAAAUCUGAUUCUUUUUUUUAUCAAAGUGGAAUCAGUUCAUUUUGUUUAUUUAGCUCACAUUUUUCCAUCAAAUUUUAAACGACGUUUGAAGUUUUGUGUUAUUUUUCCCCAUGAUCCUAUAAAUAUAUAUCUGGUGAUAUGAGAGCUGAGUAUCAGCAGGUGCCCGACGUCUUAAACCUGUAAACGUUACAGAAGGAAAAAAAAUAAUCAAACAAAAAGGGAAACCACUUAAAUAAAAGUUCAGCCAAUUUUACGAAACCACUAAAAGCGUAAAAGUCGUCUCACGCUCUUUAUCUCAAAAUGCUCUUCUUCUUCGUCUUCUUCUUCAACAACGACGACAACGACAACACCCCCGACUGCCACUUUUUCAAAAAAAAAAUUUUUUUUAAAAAAAGAAAAAAGAGAUUUGCACUAAAGUAAUAGUCGUCUUCUUGGAUAAGCGUCAGUUUGUAGUAGAGAACAGAGGAGAAGAGAUGGAGUGUGAUGGUGAGCUGCCUGUGCACUCGCACCAUGCUGUCUGUGUGUGUGUGUGUGAGAGAGAGAGAGAGAGCUGAGAAUUUUUUAAAUAUUUAAAAAGUACAAAAAAAAUGAAGAAAAGUAAAAGAGAAAGGUGUGUGACACGUGACGUCCUGGAGGCUCGCGCUCGCUCACGCCAGCGCCGGAUUCGUGCUCGACGGAGCGAUACAGGCGAAGAGGACGAGGCGCGUUCGAACUUUAGUACUUCCGGUUUCCUCGUGUCAUUGUUUUAGGGGAAAAGAGAGAAAAAACAAACAAGCAGAGACGGUGGAAACGGAGCUCCAGGGAUUCGUCCCGAAAACACGGCGCCAAAAAUCUGUUGAAAAAAGAUUUUAAUGGAUUAAAUGAACAAAAAAAAAACACACCGACGUUCACAGCGGUUUCUCUCCGUUCUUGGAUCUGUUAACUCCAGUAAUAUAAAAGACGUAGUGUGUACAAAAGAUGGACUUUUUCUUCCUUCUGUUUGUCAUCACUGGUUUUUGUCGUCACGCUUUUCACACAGCAAACAGAAGAGCAGGCGUCGUGUUCCCGGGACACGCUGGAGAAAAAAAAGGAGAGAUAAAAAAACCCUUGUGAGUGGGAGUGUAAUCAGUGUAAACGCCUGUCUAUAGGAAAGCUGUUCCUUUAUUUCUGCGUGCGACUUUAAGAGUCACGCACACACACAGGCCGGGAAAAUCAGCCGUAAAGGAAAAGCACAAAUCCACAGCUUCUUUCCUUUACGGCUGAUUUUUUUCUCUACGCUCAUUAAUAAUCGAUAGCAAUCAUAAGUAGUGAUGAAUUUUUUUGGAUUUUGUCAGAACUAGUGGCUUUAAUGUAAUAAGCGCUUCGUGGUGUUUAUUGAAAGGUGUCGCAAAAAAAAAUAAAUAAAUAAAUAAGUAAAUAAAUAAAAGGUGUCACGUCUCAAAAUCGUCGCGUGUUAGAGGAAGCAUAAGUAUGUGCCUUCAAUGUGAUCUUUCUUGGUGAGCUUGUUAUUCUCCAGAAGCUGAAGCCAGCGAUUGUGUUUGCACUAAAACCAAAACCGCUUUGUCGUGAUGUAGGUGAUUUAAAGCGAGCUUUGUCGCGUCACUUUAACCGUGUGCAUGAGGGUCAAUUUAGGGCUAGAGCUCUCAUAACGCUGAUCUGUAAACUAGUGCAGCUUAUGGAAAAAUCCCCGGAUUAAAAAAAAAAAAAAGAGAAAGAAAUACAUAAAAAAUAAUAAAUAAAUAAUAAUAAUAAAAUAAAGAAUAUCUGCUUCGUUCUGUGUCGCAUUCAGUUCAGAGCCUCACAUACUCACGCUCUGGAAACACCAUCGGUUAGAUGUGUGCCGACCAUCACACACACACACACACACACACACACCAUCAUGAACACCAGAACGGCACCAUUAUCACACAAGAUGGGUAAUAAACAAACUCACAAACACACACACACACACAGGAUGUCGGCACACACCUAACACACACACACAGCAUAAAGAAAGAACUUUGUUGGUUUGUUUGUUUUGUUUUGUUUUUUUAAGCACGCAUGAACUCACAAGGUCGCCUCGAGACUAUUGGUCAUAAAGUUGUUUUUGUCUUCUUUUGUAAAUUAUUCUUGGUAUUAUAAUGAUUCUGAUUCUGAUGAUUGUUGUUAUUGUUUUUAUUAUUAUUAUUAUUAUUAUUAUUAUUAUUAUUAUUAUUAUUACUAAACUGAUUACUGACUUUGUUAGUGGGAUAUAAAAAGCCUCCAUGCUUUGAGUCUUAGAAAUGCACCUUAUCACGGCCGAGUCGAGUCGAGUCGAGUCUUCUGAUGCGUCUGAUUCAGCACCUUACAACGCAGCAUGAUCUCACCUUACACCAGUCUCGCUCACAACAACAACAACAACAACAACAACAACAGCAGCAGCAGCAAAAUAAACCUGAUUUCCAGAAAAAAGAAAGAAAGAACAUUUAAAGGGAUGUGCCAAAGUUUGGAGGCGAUCUCCCUUGUUAUUUUUUUUGUUUUUGUUUUGUUUUUUGUUUGUUUGUUUGUUUGUUUGUUUGUUUUUAAGACAUACUAUUCCUUUCAUUCUCUUCUCCUUCAGUUAUCGCAGCGCUACCUUCAUGUAACCUUUCCUAUAAACGUGUUUAAGGAAAACAUAAAACGAAAAAAAAGAGGAUUUAUUUCAGCAGUCAGUAUCAUUACCUGCCAUUUUACAGUAAGCCCUGUAUUUCACGUAUAAUUACCAGUGAUGUGUAUUUGUUAUUAUACAGAAAAAUAGCUGUAAAAGCUUCAUUAUGUUACAUAAUAUUGUGACUUUUUUUUUCGAAAAAAACUGUGAAGACUUAUCUUGCAUAUACUUUAUACAGAAGUAUUAAGCCUUAAUACAAAAGACUAAAAAAAGGAGUGGAAGAAUAACUGAUUGUCGCAAAAGUAAGGAUGAUGAUUUUUUUGUAAAUGUUACCAGCACUUUUUUGUAAUUUUCACUCUUCUUGAGGUAUUGUACAAGUUCACGCUGUUUGUGAAGUUUGAAUAUGAAGGAAUAAAAACUAGUACUUUCCUGUACUUCA